UGUUUAUCAUUUUUACAGUGCCAAGAUCUGUAAAAAUCAAAAAUUAUAAAAUGGUACUUAUGAAGUAAAGAUUGACAACCAACCAAAAAAAAAUGGAAUCUAGUCAUCUAGAAGAAGAUUGGGAAUUCUGACCUUCCAAAAAGAUAAAGGAUCCUGAUGUAAAGAACCCUGAAGACUAGGAUGAAAGGGAAAUGAUUGAGGAUCUUGAAGAGAAGAAACCAGCAGACUGGGACCAGCUAGAACACUUUCCUGGCCCAGAUGUUAAGAAGCCAGAUGACAGGGAUGAAGAGAUGGAUGGCGAAUGGGAACCACUGAUGAUCUCAAACCUGGAUUAUAAAGAAGCAGAAAAGAAAACGAAAGUACAGGAAGACCAGUGUACGGAAAUAUAUAAAGAGGAAGAAAAAGAAAAAGAAGAGACGGAAAAAGAAACAGAUUUCAUCAUCAGAAUGAACUCUAAUGGAACAAAAAUAGUGACACCCUGGUUAUAGUCACCAAGCUGUCUUCAGUAUGGGAAGCAAACCAUUCAACCUCUCAGUAAUGCACUCUUUUAACUAAAUACCGGUGGUACAUUCCAAUUUUGAAAUGAAUGAUCAUACUUUCUGACAUACAUAGAAAAAUAGCUUUAAUUUAGAUCUGCUCUGAAAAUUCAAUCCAUACUACUCCCUAGUUACUAAAGAAAAAAUUGAAUUGAUUUCUUCUUGUUUUAAACAGGUCAGCUAUGCAUUUCCUUGAUUUAUAAAGCCACCAGGCACUUUUAAUAUACACAAUAUGCUUAGGAAAAGGGGAAUU